AUGGCUGGAAAGAACAAAGACGUUUCUUGUUCUUCCAUUCGAGAUCGUGUAGUUCUCUACACUACUCCUACCGUUACAUCUGUCUUGAUGGCGAUCGUUUUCUGGCAACUUUCGCUCUACCAGGCGCAAGUGCGUGAGCUGCAACGACACGUCAAGCUUUCAGACGCGACGACCGAUUCGAAGCGUUUUGCAAACAAAGAGAAGAUUGACUCGUCUGUCGAAGAAUUGCUUUCGCGAUACACGAGAGCAACAGGAAACGACAAAGGUACAGAUGGUGCGCAAACGCUCGACGACUACUUCGUCAGAAUUGCAGAGCAGCAGUUGCGAGAAUCGUUGAAAGCACGUUGUGUUGACAAUGAACGUUUGUGUUUACAAGGGCCUAAAGGAAACUCGGGCCCAAGGGGAAUUGCUGGAUUACCUGGUUCUUCAGGCAGUAAAGGUGACAAGGGAGACCGGGGAGUCGUCGGUACUCGAGGUUUGAGAGGCACAAAAGGCUCUAAAGGAGAACCUGGCGCAAGGGGAGCGAGUAUUGACCCUCCCGUUUUCACCCAUAAACCGCACGACGUCGUAUCGCCGGAGUCGGGAAGAGUCGAGUUUCAUUGUGCAGCCGAUGGAUUUCCAACGCCUAAAAUACGAUGGCUAAAGCUUGACUCUACACUGCCGCGGUCUCGAGCGAGCAUAUCUAUAAACGACACACUAACGAUCAGAAAUGUUCACCGUCACGACGUAGGAAUAUAUGUCUGUAUGGCUGAGAAUAUAUUUGGUGUUGCGAGAAGCUACGCAAAUUUAAUUGUUCAAGUUCCUGUUGAGUUUUCCUUGGUCCCGCCGUCCGUAGUGACUGUACAACCAGGAAAGAAUGUAAAAUUGCAGUGUCUUGCUACUGGCCAUCCUUCUCCGACUAUCACUUGGUCACGUGUUGAUGGAGUUCUGGAGUCUGGCAAAGUGAACGCCAACGGCAGUCUGAUGUUAGAAAGCAUAAAGAAGAGCGACAUCGGUCAAUACAUGUGCACUGUAAGAAACGCUCUAGGAAAGAAAACGUAUUCAUUUGCAUUGAAUUUGGAAUCGACAGAAGAAGCUGCAGCUCGAGUAACAAGUCAUCUUCCUGCUGUUCUUGGUAUUCAGCCGAGAGGAAGUGUAAAACUGCAGUGUUCUGGUGUUGGUCCUCCAGCUCCUGAAGUCUAUUGGACAAAGGAAUCUGUUCGAAUAAAAAGCGAACAAAAGGGGCAACUACAUUUAAAAAACGUAUCUCAACAAGAUGCUGGAAUAUAUCGUUGUCACGUUGUCAACUACUUAGGACGAGACGUAAAAGAAAUAAGUAUAGUUAUUCCUGAGAUAAAAUUUGUUCAACGUCCACCAACUUCUGUAUCCGUUUCCGCUUCUUCCACUAUAGUAAUCAACUGCACUGCUCAGUUGAUGCAUGGCAUACCAGAAUCUACACAAUGGGAAUUUCCAGUGCAACAAUGCAGAGCGGGGUCGGCCAAAAAAACCGUUUUAUCCAAUGGAACAUUAGUUAUACAAGACGCUACUGAAUGGGAUAGUGGUACUUACUUAUGCCACGCCGGUAACAAAGAGAUUUCAGCAAAAGUAGAAGUGAGAGUAGCAGAGGACAUGAAUUGGAUGUUGACAAGUGACUCCUGUAAAGGAUUUCGUCAGUCUAUCUACAACAGAUCUGUUUAUUAUGCGGUGUCUUCGUCUACAACGUGGAACAAGUCUAAAUACUAUCAUUGUCCUGUAGGAUAUUAUUGGCCAUGCACUGAAGAGGGACGAAAGAUAUUCAAUGAUAACAGCUGGUCAGGGCCAAACUCGUACUUCGGUCGAUGUGGAUGGAGUAGUUAUACCUACGGUGGAGGAACUAGAUAUUACUUCAGGUUUCGUGAUUCGUCAUCAACGAGUGCGUACAAGCAUGCUGGAAAUGCUGAUGCAUACCAAGUCCAGACCACCAGCUCUACCUCCAACUUUGCCGGCAUCAUUUGCGUAAAAGAAUAAAGAAUAAUGUUUCUUGCAAGUUGCCACAACACUAACGCAUAAGCAAGCUAAAUUGUCUUUCUACGCUUGCAAACUUAAAUGGAACAAUUAUUUCACAUAAUCUAGACUUGUAGCUAAUGUGGAUGCAUGUGUAUAACUUUCAUGUGGAGUCAAACUUAUCUGUCUUAUAAGUUUACUUGUCGAAUUAUGCCACAGCAUGCAGCUUUAUGGUGCAAACGAUUUGGUGCAAACGGUUAUCACUUUUAAAGCAGUUUUCUUCGUGCCUGUAAUUGUAUUUGUUGUUUUGUGCCAAUUAGAUUAUACGAUAGACAACUAGACAAACAAA